AUGAGCACCUCCCAGCUGCCACAAAAUGGUACAGUAGGAGAGCUGCCAUCAAACGGUACAGCAGGUGGACUACCUCCAAGUGCAGAAGCAGGGCCACCACCAGGCUUUAGCGGACCACCACCCGGAGUACUGGGACCUUGCAACUUUGGAGAGAACCUGGGGCCAAAGGCGGAGAGAGUGUCGUGGACGCUUAUGGCAUUCACGACCAUCUUUUUGCUGCUCAGGUUAUAUUGUAAAUGGAAAAAGUCCAAAAGCCUCUGGUGGGAUGACUGGCUGUUAAUUCUUGCUUAUAUGAUGUAUAUCGUGGCUGCAGCCGUAUUCAGCGCCAACGUCAACCACGGUAUGGGUCUCCACGUCUGCGAAUUGGCCGUCACUCGGCCACAGGAGAUAAGCACUGUUGCACUCUUGAGCCUUGUCGACGGCGCCGUAUCCAUCAUGGCCACCAUAUGGUCCAAGACGUCCUUUGCUUUCACUCUGCUGCGAAUAGCAGAGAAAAAAUGGUUAAAGAUCACGCUCUGGACCAUUAUUGUUAUCCUCAACGUCAGCAUGAGCAUAAGUGCCGUCCUCACCAUAGUACAGUGCAGCCCCGUCCAGAAGAGCUGGGACAUCUUUAUCGAUGGUUACUGCUGGCGAGAGGCAUUUUCGUCCUAUAGCGUUGCUUCAGCCGUCUACUCGGGGUUUACGGAUAUUGCACUGGCUCUACUGCCGUGGACAAUUAUCUUGAAUCUACAGAUGAAGUUGGCCGAGAAGAUUGGUAUUGCUGUUGCCAUGAGCGCUGGUAUCAUUGCCGGCGCAGCAUCCUUUGUAAAAGCAUCUCACAUUCCCGAGCUUUUACAAGGAGACUUCUCCUAUGUCGGCUACUACCUGGCGGUGUGGAGCGCCGCAGAAGUAGCCCUGACCAUCAUGGCCGCCUGCGUUCCAGUCCUGCGCGUACUGGUGCGUGAUGUUAAAAACGCCUCCAAGCGCUAUUACGGUCGCUCCAAGGACUCUGGAGCAAGCAACCAUACCAGUAGGGGGACUACAAUACGGUCCAAGGGGAGGAGCGAGCCCAGCAGCAACAGUACCAGGAGGUUGAACAUAACGAACGACAGACAACAACAUACGAACGAUCAACAUCAUCAGUACCAGCAAAGCCAGCAGUUAAAAAAGAGCCCCAUAUACCAGCACGAGCACGAGCAUGAGAAGGAACAGAAACAAGAGCAAGAGGAAGAGUACGAGCUCGAUUAUUUGUCCAUGUGGCAACCACCACGUCUGUCUAUUGCCAGCUCUGCCGGGGUUCGACGAAGCCAGCACAAUACGGACUUGAGCGAUAACUGGUCGCAACGCAACAUUCUCAAUAGCGACAGCGAAGCAGGCAAUCACUUUGAAGAGAAUAACACCUACAUGACCGCCGAGUUCAACUUUGAGCCUCGACGACCAAGGCGUUUAGCCCCAGGCCCUCCAAACCCCUGGCCGCUACGUAAAUUCGAGAUUGAUAGUGAGGCAACUAGCAAGAGUCAGAUGGGGUCUGAGAGAUCUGGCAUGAGUGGAAGAAGCUCUACUUCCAGACCAUAUUAG